AUGUCCUUCAGCAUCUCUGCAAGCAUCUCCCAGGCCAUCAACUUCAUUACAGGCCCUUUGGCUUUGGUCAGCAACCCUGCUACCGUCAACGCUCUUCAAACCAUUCUUCGUUCCACACUCAGUGCAUCUGCACUUACUGCCCCUAACAAGAGGCUUUUCUUGACGUUCACUGUCGCAACUCCCCCUCGUCCCGUGCUCGCCGCAUGCGUCGCCCUCGGAAUUCAAUGGGCGGAAUGGGCGGAAAUUCUCGGUAACGCCGAGUUCGACUUGAUCAUCGACGCGCGCUCUGUUGUCGUUCAGUACGCCGGCGCUGAAGACAAACCUAUUGUCCUAUGGACUGCCCCUCAACCUACCUUCGCCAGACAGUCCCUCCUUUCUCGCCUCUCCGUCCCACAGGUUCCCAUCAGUAAACUCAGCCAGCAAUCGACUAUGACAGGGCGUCCUUCGGUCCAACCACCCCGAGUCAUCAUUCCUCCUUCUCCUCCCCGUACCUUGGCGCAGCAGCUUCUCGAAUCCGACAGCGAGGAGGAGACCGACGAACUAUUUGCCAUGAUCUCCACUUCCGCCAUCAUCUCACCCACUCCCACUAGGGAGAAGUUCAGCUUCUCUCAACCACACAUCAGGCUUCCAUACGCUUCGUUCUCCCCUAUCUCUUCGCCCGAGCCCUCCUCCCCUGACAGUUCCCGACCCAGCUCCCGUUCUUCCACAUUCUCAACCUUCUCCAUCUCCGACGACGAGAGCUUGAGCUCGGCCACCUCUGUCAGCUCGGGUUGCCAAAGCGAACGCUUCGCUCCUCGGGCCACUGCAUCCCGUGAGCCUCGAGUCUUUGUCGACACUACCAAGAAGAACGUCACCAAAUACCUAUACCAGGGCGGUGUCAGCAACACGCUCGGCGGAGGUGUUAUGUUGGGUCGUCCUUCCGCUGCUCCCUCUAAGCCUGCCAAGGCACCAUCGCCACCUUCGGUACCCAAAUACCGAGCCCCUAUCGGCGGUGGCAAGAAAACCGGUGCUAAUGCACCUUCGUGGAGGCGGACAGCGAACCCAACCGGAGCUCGCGCUUAA